UGAUAACUGAGCUGAUGUUACCUAGCGCAUGCAAUUAUUUUUGACCCAAUACUCCCAUAUCUCACCCGUCACAUAUUGAAUCUCACCAUGACAUCUCUACAACCUUACCUCGCAGAAGUCUGUCAGACAACCUCCAGUCUCUUGACCAGCAACACCUGCGCUCCAUGUCUUUAUCACAUCCGACAUCUCACAACAUCGUUCCCAAGGAGUGCAUCACGAAUCGCCACCACUAGAUCUCUCAGCUCCACAUCUUUAGCAUCAACUUCCCAAAAGACGACAGUUCAUCAAUUCCACAAUCGACCUCAUUUACAGCAAUUACAUUUGAUUCCUACAAACUCCAUUCAACCCUGUUUACCACGCCGGACAUACACCACCACCACGUCGCCACCAGAACCAACAAUAACCCCCCUCUUCGAACCCAUCACUUCCACCUUCCAAUACCUCGUCGCUGACCCCCUCACCCUCACGGCCGCCAUCAUCGACCCCGUCCUCGACUACUCCCCCCUCGACAACUCCAUCUCCACCACCUCCGCCGACGCCCUUCUCUCCCUCAUCGCCUCCAACGGCUACAAAAUCGCUUGGAUCCUCGAAACCCACGCCCACGCCGACCACUUAUCUGCCUCCUCCUACCUCCAAACGCGAUUAACAGAAUCCCAAGGGGAAGACCACAAACCCCCCAUCGGCAUCGGCAAAAGGAUCGGUACCGUCCAGACUUUAUUCAGCAAACGGUACGGCGUUCCAGACGCAGAAGUUAAAGAAGUAUUCGGCCACUUAUUCGACGACGACCAAGUCUUUCAGAUCGGUAACCUAAAAGCGAAAGCCAUCCAUCUUCCCGGGCACACCCCCGAUCAUCUAGGGUAUCAAAUCGGUAACAACGUCUUCUGCGGCGACAGCCUAUUCAACGCAGACAUCGGAACCGCGAGGUGUGAUUUCCCCGGCGGGAGUGCGCACGAUCUGUACCACUCCGGCCGAAAAUUGUUACAAAAUUUACCGGAUGAAACCAAGAUUUGGACCGGACAUGAUUACCCGCCUGAAGACAGGAGGGAGCCGGUGCCGUGUUUGACGGUUAAAGAACAUAGGGAGAGGAAUAAGCAUUUGCGGGAUGGGAUCACGGAGGAGGAGUUUGUGAAAGCCAGAGAGGAGAGGGAUCGGGACUUGGCGGCGCCGAGGCUGUUGCAUCAGAGUCUGCAGGUGAAUAUUCGGGCGGGCAAACUGCCGGGGGAGAAUGAGAGUGGGUUGAGGUUGUUGCAUUUGCCGGUCAAGAUCAAGACGGAUAAGAAGUGGUGAUCUUGAUCGGUUAGUAGGAAGAGGUAGCUGAGGAAGGAGGAGGGUAAAGAGUACCUCUAGGAGAUCACGAUUUCAUAAUACAUUAUCAACCGUAAGAGUCUGUUUACCGCGGUUGAUACGGCUCGUCAUGUGUCCUAGUUGUUCACGACCUGAAUUCAUGCCUCCAACACUAUAUCAAACACCCCACCCUGUGUCUCACAUGUCGAAGCCCAUUUGAAUACCUAUGUGUUAUAACAUUCUGGGAACUCCGGAAGGCCUUGCUCGACUCGC